AUGAAGUCGGUCAAGAAAUGAAGCGUCCGGCCUCCUACGCCAAAUCUUCACUACAUCUUUAUAAAGGGCAUGUAGAGCUGUAGACAUCCAAAACCUUUGUGCUCGAUCAAGUCUAGUGAGCUAGAAAGCGUCAUGACAACCUAUGGUGGUGGUGGUGGCGGUAGCUCUGAGCCUCCUCGCUCCCGGAAGCGCAGAAACAUCUGCCUUUGGUCGAUCGCCGGCGUUGUCGUGACCGUUCUCAUUCUGGUCAUACUCUGGUUGACUGUGUUCAAAGCCAAGGACCCGAAAAUGACGGUGAAUUCGGUCGUUUUGAGGAGCCUGCAGGCGGGCUUUGACAUCAACAAAGCCACCGUCGACGUGAAUAUCACUAUCGAUGUGGACGCGACGGUGAAGAACCCGAACAAGGUGGGAAUGAAGUACCACAACAGCACGGCAUCAUUGAACUACAGGGGUGUGAUGGUGGGCGAGGUCCCCAUUGGAGCCGGAGAGAUUUCCGCCGGUGAGACCAUGCCCAUGGGUGUUACCCUAACCGUUAUGGUAGACCGGUUUCUGGGGAAAACAUCGGAGCUUUUACCAGAUGUGGCCGCCGGUUUGAUCCCGUUUAACACUGUCACCAAAAUUUCCGGCAAAGUCACAAUCUUGGGUAUCUUUAAGAUUCAUGUAACCUCCACCUCCUCAUGCGAUUUCAAUGUCUAUGUCGGAAGCAAAACUGUCGGAGACCAAAAGUGUAAGCACAAGACCAAAUUAUAAACCUUCUUCAUGCUCUCUGGGUUUUAUAUACGCUUGUCUUCUUGUGCUAGCUAUUUGACUGAAGUACCCAUCAGGCCCAUUCAGGCCAUCACCAGUCACUAGUUCUAACUUUCAUGUUCUUUUGAUUUUGAAUCCCUUCAUCUUGAUUUAUUUGUAGAAAAAUUGGUAUAAGGCAGAUAGGCUAAGUAGAUUCCUUGCUGAUUAUUUCAGCAGUGGCCUGUUUCUGUAAACUAAUAAUCCGUGUAUUGAGCAAUAAUGUUGAUUCUAUGA